ACACAAUUCAGUUUGAUAUUUCAUUCGUAGCGGUAAUGUUCGCUGGUACAGCUGCGUCGGAGACGAGUGAAAGCACAGACAAUGUUGUUGUGAUUUGUAAUCACUUGAUAAAAAAAAUCUUUAUUGGUAACUGUGAAGAGCUGAAUAUGUAAUACCAGUUUGUAUUGUAACCGUGGCUAUCCUUUAGUGUUUAAUUAAUUGAAUCAUUAAUGAUUGAACAAUUCAAUUUGUGAAUUUGUUGGAACAAAAUCAACAAAGGGCGGCAGAGGGUAUUUUUCCGCUUUCCGUUGACAUUAGUUAUCAAGGAAACCAAUACUACAUUUAUUCUAUUAGUAAGUUAUGAAUCCACAAAAAAUAAAAAAAUAAGUGUUUUAAAGAUACGUAUUGCUCAUAACCACAUGUUUUAGACUAAUGCAAAGUUUAAAUAUGUAUUGUUACAAAAAGUCGAAAGAAUCGUGUAACAGAAUACUGUGACAAAAAAUAAAUUUACAAGCUUAAUCACCACUAGUUGAAAGAGAACACGAAUCGGUGGAAAUACGACGCUUAGAUGGAAAUUGUAACACGAAUCGCCAGCAGCUUUGCAGGUCUAUGGAGAAAUCGCCGGCGAACACAACAUGAAACUGAAAACCUGCAUAAUCGUAACAAUUCGAACAAUGAAAAACUCACCGAUAUUCAGAUAACUAGAUAUCUCCAGCAGAAUCCAGAAUUUUUGGAUACUUUUAUUAUGGAUGAGAUACAAUUGGAGCAAGUUGAAAGAUGGAUGAUACGGAAAACGCAAAGAAUUCGAAAAAUUCCUCAACAAACAGGAAAAAAUGGACGAAAAACUAGUCUCAGUCGUUGGAAAUUUUGCGUUCAUGCUGACAAACGACAAAUGCUUCAGGAUUUGAUAAAUUCUCUACAACUGAGACCCACGAAAAUGCACGUCUUGUGGGAACUAGCUUCUUGCAUAUGUUCUGCAGUAAAUGCUGAUGGAUUUCGGCUCUACCUUACCGAUGCAGAGGCCGAAUCUCUUCACCUUUGUUUAAGUAACAACUUUAUUGAUGAAAAUGGUGAACCAAAGCCACUGCGUAUUAAAUCAGAUGCAGCAAUUCCAAACUUUGUUGCAAAAAGUAGAGAACCGAUUCGUUUCUCUAGAGGAGAUUGUGAUCAUCGAUUCGAACCUACGAUUCUAGACAAGAGUGAAAUGGCGCAUGUAAUGUGUCAACCUAUAGUAUAUCCUGAUGGAUCGUUGGUGGCAGUUCUUGAGUUGUGGCGACGUGAUUGCGGUUCUCCUUUCUACGAAGAGGACGAGGAAAUAGGAUGCAGUUAUCUGGUCUGGGGAGGGAUUGCUAUUCACUACGCCCAUUUGAACUUGGUCGGAUUAAAACAUCGAAAGCUCAACGAUUUUCUGUUAGCAGUUGUAAAGUCUAUUUUCCAAGAUAUGGUGAGCAUGGAUAUGCUUGUUUCAAAAAUAAUGAACUUUGCUCAGAGAUUAGUGGACGCAGAUCGUGCUUCCCUGUUUCUUGUAGAUUCAAAAAACAAAGAGCUUUAUGCUACAAUAUUUGACAUUGGCUGUGAGGACAAAAUUUCGAGUGGAGAAAACGGUAAUGAAAAUAAUACUGUACCUAAGGAGAUACGAUUCCCUAUAGGAACAGGUAUAGCAGGACAAGUGGCCAUGACCGGUGAAAUUUUAAAUAUUAUCGAUGCGUAUGCUGAUACUAGAUUUAAUCGAUCAAUUGAUCAAUUAACUGGUUACAAGACAGAAACAAUUUUAUGUAUGCCAAUUUUCAUACGAGGAAGCGUGAUUGGAGUUGUUCAAAUGAUUAACAAACGUACAGGAUACUUUACUAAGGAAGAUGAAGAAGCAUUUGAAAUGUUUGCAGUCUAUUGCGGCUUGGCUUUACAUCAUGCAAAACUAUUCGACAAAAUACGUCGUUCGGAACAAAAAUACCGUGUAGCUUUGGAAGUACUGAGCUACCAUAACACUUGUUCAGAACAAGAAGUAGAUAAAUGCCUUACUGUUGGUAUACCUAAAAAAAUACCAGGCAUCGAUUCCUACGACUUUAGUCCAUUCGAAAUCAACGACUUUCAAAAGGCUUUAUAUAGUGUUUAUAUGUUUAAGGAUUUAUUUGGUUUGGGUCGAUUUGACAAAACUAAUUUGAUACGAUUCACAUUAACUGUAAAAAAAAACUACCGGCGAGUACCAUAUCAUAACUGGACCCAUGGUUUUUCGGUGGCUAAUACUAUGUAUAGUAUUAUAAAAAAUUGCAGUUCAAUAUUUCGACCCAAUGAGUGCCUGGCUCUUUUCAUUGGCUCGCUAUGCCAUGAUCUCGACCAUCGCGGAAAGAACAAUAAAUUUAUGCUGGAUACUGAAUCUCCAUUGGCAGCUAUUUACAGUACAUCUACAAUGGAACAUCAUCAUUUCAACCAGACCGUAACUAUUUUACAACAGGAAGGUCACAAUAUUUUUAGUAAACUUAGCAGCACCGAGUACAAACAAGUUCUGAGCCUUAUUAAGCAUUGUAUACUUGCUACCGAUCUUGCAUUAUUUUUCCCUAACAAAGAAAAGCUUAAUGCUUUAGUGGAUAACGAGACGUUUUCGUGGACCAUCUCAGAGCAUCGAAUGCUAAUUCAGGCUAUAGCGAUGACCGGAGCUGAUUUGUCUGCAUCUGCGAAACCGUGGGAGGUUCAAACAGAAACUGUUAAGGUAAUAUUCGCAGAAUUUUACGAUCAAGGCGACGAAGAAAAACGAGCAGGUCGUAAACCAAUUCCCAUGAUGGAUCGGGACAAGCCAGGAGAGCAAGCAGCGUCGCAACUAGGUUUCCUAACGGGAAUUUGUAUUCCAUGUUAUACGCUUCUUCACAGGUUGAUUCCAGAAACGAAACCAAUGCUCAAUAUGUGCAACGAAAACUUGUCAAAGUGGCAAGAUAUCGCCAAAGGAAUACGUAAAUUCGACCAAUAAAAGAGUACUUAAUGUAUAUCUAUGUAGGAAUGUAUGUAUCAUUGUUUCCUGUAAACUAGUAGUCAAUAUGUAAUAAAAAUAAGUUCUAAGCUGCAUAGUGUUUACUCUUUUUAUCGCCAUAUCGAGGAAUCUGUUAUGCUAUAAACUAUGGCCACAUGUUAUU